AUGGUUUCUUGCAUCAUUGCUGAAGAACUGAUUUACUUGGUGUCCCGAACUCUUGCCAAGCCAGAAAAAGAUGAUUCACCACUUUGCUGUUGUGAGUAUGUAAACAGAGAAGGAGAAAGAUCACACAUUCUAGCUACCUUUUGUAAUUGUGAAGACCUUGAUGAAUCUUUUGAUAGGUUGCUCACGAGGAGGAAUGUAGAUACCAGACGCUGUGAAAAAAUCAUGGAAACAGCUGUAGAUCGCUUAAGGAUACCGUGGUGGGGAGGAGCCAAGAAAGUCCCUCCAGACGUUGCUUGCGGUUUGGUGCUAGUGCCAUUCUUCAUCCUCUUGGGCUGUAUUUCAUGGACUUUCAUUUUCAUUACUUAUUUGAUUAUUUUGCCAACUGUGAUGUUUUCUAUUCAUAGAUUUCUGAGAAGAAAGGUUGUGCACAAAGACACCUCUACCUACCAGUCAGGUGACUCCAAAGACAUAAAGAAAUAUCCUAGGGCAAAGUUCUACCUCACUUGGCUUGCCUCAUCCAUUGUAGCUCUCCUCUUGAUCUAUUACACACAAGUGAUUGCUUAUCUCAAGAUCAGCCCAUAUGAAAACCUGGCUUUUAUGGUAUUUGUGUGGCUCUCAGGAACAUGUCUGUAUCUAGUGAGAGCCACAGCCUGCGCAGGAUUUGACCCUCCGGAAAAGAGAGGCGAUGAUGUUUAUGAUGAUGUGAUUGAGUCCGGUGCUUGGAGGAUCUGCGGAGAAUGUGAGCAGCAAGUUCCAAGAUUGGCAUCUCAUUGCCGCACCUGCGGUAUCUGUUAUUUCAUGCGUGACCAUCAUUGUGUCUGGUUGGACAUAUGCAUCUGCCAUGUAAAUGAUAGAUGGUUUAUGGGUGGUUUGUUCUUUGGAUUGAUUGCAUUGUGUUAUGGCUUUCAUCUUAGCCUAACACUGUGUGUCAUCCUCGACUCCUCAACAUCUAUUUCAUGGAUGUUCUUGUUCCUGAAGAAUGGAUUUACACCAGUCAUUAGCAACCUGUCAGUGCAUCUUCACAUUGCCAAAGAUAGAGUAAAGAACAUUUUCAUGAACAAGUUAUCACCAUCCAGUUGUCUGGAGAACUGUUUAGAUUUCAAUAUAACAUUAUCACUGACUUUUGAAGUCUUCCAUAGAGGGUGGAAGCAACAUCAAAUGUCUUUUAUAAACUGCCUUUACAAACUGAUGACUUCACAAGUGCUCAGAUACCAAAACAUCAAUCAGUAG